ACACCCUGCUCCAAAUCGCACCGAUGACGAAAAUGGCGGACAGCGCAUCAUCGGUCGAGAUUGUCGAGGGCUGUCGUCUUCCUGUUCUUCGUAAGAACCAGGAACACGAGGACGAGUGGCCUUUGGCCGAGAUUCUAAGUGUCAAGGAAGUCUCUGGAAGAAAGCUCUACUAUGUUCACUAUAUUGACUUCAACAAGCGUCUGGAUGAGUGGGUCACAUCCGACCGGCUGGACAUGAAAAAGCUCCAGUUCCCCAAGAAGGAAGCUAAAACUCCAACGAAGAAUGGUCUUCCAGGCUCACGGCCCAGUUCACCCGAGCGAGAAGUGAGGAAGAGUCUAGAUCUACAAACUGCCACAGCUCCUUCCAGAGGCAAAACUCUCCCCACUCCGAAGAGGAAAGUGGACACGGUUCCCUUGGUGACGCAGGUACCCCCAGCCCCACCAGUACCGUCUCUGCCAAGUUCAGCGGAGGCCUCUCAGGCGUCUGUUUUCCCCGUUGUGAGAGAGACCAACACCUUCAAGACCCGAGAAGACCACGAGCAGCUCUCUUCCCUCACAACAAAUGGGACCGCUCGAAGACUCAUCCCGUCUCAGCCAGGCAGGAAAAGGAAAGCUAAUUGUGGAGCUACAGAUGAGAUGAUAAAGGUUUUGCAGUAUAACAAGCCCCAAAGUGCCAGUGUCUUUCUACCACCACCAGAGGAUUCACAGGACAGCUCUGAUGGUAUCCCGUCCGCUCCCCGCAUGACCGGCAGUCUGGUGUCGGACCGUAGCCAUGAUGACAUCGUCACCCGAAUGAAAAAUAUUGAGUGUAUUGAGCUCGGACGUCACAGGUUGAAGCCGUGGUACUUUUCACCGUACCCACAGGAGCUCACAUCGCUGCCCAUUCUCUACCUCUGUGAAUUCUGCCUCAAGUACCUCAAAAGUCUUAAGUGUCUGCAGAGACAUUUGGUAAAAAAAACAAUCGUUGCAAACCAGGUUACGUUUUUAAGUGUCGUUAGUCUGAUUUUUCUUUCUAUGAUUGUCUUUCAUCAGACCAAAUGUAACCUCAGACAUCCUCCAGGCAACGAGAUCUACCGUAAAGGAACCAUCUCUUUCUUCGAGAUUGACGGCAGGAAAAACAAAAAUUAUUCCCAGAACUUGUGUUUGCUUGCAAAGUGUUUCCUGGACCAUAAAACACUUUACUACGACACAGACCCUUUUCUCUUCUACGUAAUGACGGAAUAUGACUCCAAAGGCUUCCACAUUGUGGGAUACUUCUCUAAGGAAAAAGAGUCAACAGAGGAUUAUAAUGUGGCCUGUAUCCUGACUUUGCCUCCUUAUCAGCGGAGAGGUUACGGGAAACUGCUCAUUGAGUUUAGUUAUGAGCUGUCCAAGGUGGAAGGAAAGACAGGCACGCCCGAGAAGCCCCUCUCAGAUCUGGGCCUCUUGUCUUAUCGCUCCUACUGGUCUCAGACCAUCUUGGAGAUUCUAAUGGACCUCAAACCAGACAAUGGAGAGAGGCCGCAGAUCACCAUUAACGAGAUCAGUGAGAUCACAAGCGUAAAGAAGGAAGACGUAAUUUCAACACUGCAGUACCUCAACCUCAUCAACUAUUACAAGGGCCAGUACAUCCUGACUCUCUCAGAGGACAUUGUGGACGGACAUGAAAGAGCCAUGCAGAAGAGACACCUGCGCAUAGAUCCAAAAUGUCUUCAUUUCACACCAAAAGACUGGAGCAAGAGGGGCAAGUGGUAGAGGCCCCAUCAGAACACAUGGACAGCAGAUGUGAAGCUGGGAUUAGAUAAAGGUUUCCCAAUACAGAAACUUUUUUUUCCAACCCAGGAUAAGUAUAAAAAAAAGAACUGCAUAAGCUUUUAUUGUGAAUAUUCGUUAUAUAUACAGGUAUUAGGACUCUCAAAGAGACUUGUGAACAGUGACCGUCAUGGAAAUCUGCAACACUCCCUCUACUGUGUUUUCAGUCCACUUCACAACAUUAAAUUCAUGCGGUGUUCAAUAGUAUACAUCAACUACAAACAUACUCCACAUCGGUUGUGGAGUACAGUGGCUUGGGUGCAGCAGGGAAAUCUGUCCCAACAGUGAAAAAUAUUUUAACCAAUUGAAUAUUUAUCUUUCUCUCAAACCCUGUUUGUUAUGGGGGAGUGCAAGAAAAAUCUGUGUGUCACCUUCUACUGGCAUUAUUGCAGUUUCUGCUGCAAUGCAAUGUCGAUGUAGCAGAUCGACAAGAGUUUUCUAGCACUUUUCUACAUGUGUAGUACCAAGCAACCAAGUAUCAAAUAAUGCUAGACCUAAUACUGUGUUGUGAACUCCUGUCAUGUUUUUAAUAGUGUGUUUUAGUGUUCCUUUCCGAUGCUGCUCAGCUCUCCCUUUACUGUUGACUAACUUGAUUCAUCUAAACGUGAUGGAAGCCCACUGGACUCAUGGUAACUUUCAUGGUCUGAGUCAACAAAUGCCUCGGAAGUGUGGAAGUAGUUUCCUGCUGCAGAAUCUUUCAACUCUACCAACAGAUGCAGACAGUAAAAAUAAAUAAAUCUGUAUUUUAAGGCACCAGCAUAGUCCAUAAAUUUUCAGUAGUGGUGAAACAAGCCGUUUCCUCAUAUGUAAUAGUUUUAUGCUCCAGUAUGCUGGUGAUGUUAUGUUUACCUUUGAAACAUGUGAUGUGCAAUGAGACGAAUCACUUCCACGUUCCGUGUAACUGUUCAUACCGGAUUUGAUUGUACACUUAGAACACACAAGCCAUGUCGAAUUGUAAGAACAAUGUAAAUUUGAUAUACAGUGGUGUCCACUCCAUUUUUUUUACGUAUUGUAAACUGCACAGUCGGAAAAGAGAAAUGAUAUACCAUGUGUGGUUUUGUUUGUCAGACAGCAGCCGUCGAGUUUACUGUUGAAGUAAUGCCAGUACAUCCAGGUUUGGCAACUUUUGAGUAUUGAGUUUAAUAUGGAAAUUUUUGGACUUGAUAAAAAUAUCUUACAAAUCUUCCAAAAUGUGGCUUCAUGUGAGCUAUUUUUGACAUAAUACGUUUUUGGAAUCGACAUGUUUUCAAGCAAGACAAUUGAAGUCCGUUGAACAAGUGAAAGUGUGAGUCCAUGUGAAUGUUGUGCCAGAUUAAACGUCAGUUAACUCAU